UAACAUCGAUUCUAUAUGGUAUACCGUAUCACAGAUUUCUUACAAUUAUCUGUGUGUCACAGAGACACAGAAUAUUGUCUGUGGUAUCAUCUGUGCAUACAAUCCUGUUUAAGAAAUUGUCCUCUGCAGCGUGUGUCUAGAGUAGCGAUGUCUGCCCACAAGACGUUUAGGAUCAAGAGGAAACUGGCUAAGAAAUUGAAGCAAAACAGGCCAAUUCCCCAGUGGGUCAGAAUGCGAACGGGCAAUACGAUUAGGUAUAAUGCCAAGAGACGACACUGGAGAAGAACAAAGCUGAAGUUGUAAAAGUCAAGUACAAUGAUGGUGAAAUUUGGUUGUACUCAUGUAUUGAAACAGUGGCCUGUGUAUAUCCACAUUAUGUAAUAAAAGUGCUUAAAAUAUA